GCCAGCCUUGCCGGGGAAUGGUGUGUCGAGUCUUGGUGAUCGGCGCCAGGGUAAUGAUGCUCGAUUGACCCCUAGGAGCCCCGGUGUUGGGGACUUAUCGAGGAGGAGACGAUCAUUCAUGGAAGGUGUUAGAAGGCGACCAUCAGGCUUCUAUAAGCCGACGGCGGCGGAGGACGAAUUGCCGAUAAAUGACUUCAAUGUUCAUGG